CCAUGAUCAUCACUUGCAACAUCGUGGUGGGUAGGUUCACAUGGUGUUUUAGUGCUCACGAUAUCAACAAAUAAAUCCCGUCCGCACCCGCGUCGCUCAGAAUUCGCUCUUUCUGCCACCAGCACUCAACACACGACUUCCAACACACACCUCGCUCUGUGCUAAAAGGGGAGGAAAUAAGCAAACUCGUCAGCUUCGACUAUCAUCAAAUCCGUUCGCUGCUUGCAACGCGCCCAUCUCUCAUGCCUCGCGCAUCCCUUUCAUCUUCGUUCGACAAUCGACGAUUACCCCCAUCAUAGGCACAUAGGUCAGGCCAGGCCAGGUGAACCACCAACCAACCCACGUUCCUCUCCGCUUUUCUCCAUUAGCCUUAUCCUAUUUCAAACAUCCGCGUGGGCAGUGGCGGCAAAUAAAAUAAUACUGUACCAUGCCUUCAUCACAGGAUAACAAUCCCCCACCAGUGAGGGAAACCCCUCAGUCUGCGACCGACAUGUCGACUCCCGCAUCUCCCACUGAUACUCGACAUCCCUUAACAAGUAUGGAUGCAGUCGCACAACAUGGGGAUGGGCCUUCAAGCUCCCAUUCCACAGACAAUAUGCGCCGCAGGCUAGAACCUCAAUCAUAUGGUACGCAAAUAGCUGAAAUAAAUUACAGAUGAAUCUACGGCUUCCCAGAUGCUUUUCUUGUACCUAUUUUGCGGAAACUAAUCUGAUCUCAAGGCACUAUUUCAACGCCAUCGAGUUCCCACGAUCAGAGAGCCAGCGAACCAUCACGCGGAAGUGAACGUCCACCACCAAUUACUGUGGACUCCUCCCGUUCUGUUCAAGGUGCCCGGUCCCCAAAGCUAGGUCCAGAUCGCGGAAGGGUUGGCCAGAAAGUGCCCAAAAAACCUGGCAUGUCCCGUCGAGCCUCAUCGAAUCCCCAGGGACCACAUCGAGGGCAAGAAUUCUCGGUGGAUGACGACGUGACAGAGAUUGACGGGGGUGGUAGUUCAGCACGUCACAGUGCUGCCUCAGGGUUUGGAUCCGUUCGGAAUCAAGGGGGGUCAUCCACAGUCAGGCGUCGCCCUACCACACAGCUGCCCCCAUUGACGAGGGUCGAUUCAUCGCGGGGCGAGGAGGAGGAAGGUCAUACUGAAGGAGAUAGGGCUAGUCAAGCAGAAAUGCUGCCCGAAGAGACUGCUCCAGAGACGACGGAAGAGGGAACACUACACGAAAUGGAAAACAUCACGCCAGACUCGGUUGACGAUGAUAGUUUGAGUGACGCGGAAAGCUUUACACUCAAGGAUCGACAAGAGGCCAUCAAUGAAACUCAUCCAUUUGGUAUUCGAAUUUGGAAGCCAGCUCUUUACAAGAAAAGCAGAUCAGUACAAAAGACUGCCGAGGGCGAUAUUCACUCUUCUCCAGGUGGUAAAAUCAAUGCCUGGUUGAUUGUGUUCAACAUUUUGUGGACCUUAUGCUUUGGUUGUUGGCUAUUUGUUAUUGCGGCUCUUGGUGCCAUCGUGUGUUUUAUCGCCGCUGCGCCAAGUGCUAUUGCAUAUGGCCGUGUGCUAUGGGGUCUAGCAUGGUACCUCCUUUAUCCGUUCGGCAAAUUUGUUCGCUUAGAACAAGACGAGGCUUAUGCCCACGAGGACGAAGGCGAAGGACGGAGCAUUACAGAGUAUGAGCAAUGGCAGAGCGGUGACAUAGAAGACGGACGAUUAUUUUUCGGUCCACAAGGAAGCAGGUCCAUUGUCGGAAGGUCUAGGCGGAGUAUCGACUCAGGGGUUAGCGAGACAGAUAGUCUCCUAGGUCGCUCACGACGAGGUGGAACUACUCCUCGAGCAUCUUCCGUUAUCCCCAACAAGCGAAGACUUUUCGGGCGUGGCGAAUGGAACACUGGCCGAGUUAUAUUCUUCCUAUUCUUCUAUGGUUUGGUAACACCGCUACUGCUACUAACCUCUCUGAUCUGUUGGUUCCUGGUCUUCACGAUACCAAUGGGCAAAGUCACAAUGCUAGUUUUCUCUCACCUGAGGAGGCAUCCACUCGCACUCUCCUUUGAAUCUGAUUCAACCUAUUCUCGGGGCGCUAACAUUCCAAACUCAUCGAUUUUACUCUGCACUUACCGUGCAGUUGGCUUGAAAUACUGGAAAUAUACCAUUGAUGGUACCAAUAUCUUCCUGAUCAAUUUGAUGGGCGUUGUACUGUUUGUAAUCUUUGAUUAUUGGGUUCUCGUCGAAUGGUUCAACAUAGAAGACUUGCCCAUAACUAGCCCGGCAUUUCUAUUUGUGGCAGCAUUGUUGUCAAUCAUUCCACUCGCUUAUUUUAUCGGACAAGCAGUUGCCUCGAUUUCUGCUCAAUCUUCAAUGGGACUUGGUGCUGCUAUCAACGCCUUCUUCUCCACUGUGGUUGAAGUGUUCUUGUACUGCAUUGCUCUGAAUCAAGGAAAGGGACAACUGGUGGAGGGAAGCAUCAUAGGGAGUAUUUUCGCUGGUAUCCUUUUUCUUCCAGGACUUUCCAUGUGUUUUGGCGCGAUCAAGCGCAAGACACAAAGAUUCAACGUCAAAUCAGCUGGUGUUACCUCCACCAUGUUGUUAUUUGCCGUGAUUGCUGCCUUUGCUCCAACCUUGCUAUAUCAAAUCUAUGGCACAGUGUGUACCCCCUAUCUUUUUAUCUUCUUCAUUCAAAUGCUGACAAUUUUUAGCACGAACUCAAUUGCCUGACCUGCGUUGAUAGCGAAGACAGCACGCCUAGUCGAGAUUGUCGACGGUGUUAUUUCUCCCAAGUGCCCGCUUUGAACGACAGAUUUUUCAUCGAAGCUAUCCGACCGUAUUGCUGGUUUGCAGCUAUGCUUCUGUUUUUGUCCUAUGUGAUUGGUUUGUUGUUCACACUUCGAACACAUGCUGCCGUUAUAUGGAAUAACGAAGUGGACGAGAAGAAGUUGUCAGAGUCAACCCAUUUAGCUGCAUCACAGCCUACGCCUCAUGCACGUCUCCUAAGACACGGUAGCACUCAGCAGAGCUCUAGUGAUGCUACCGCUCGCGGAGCCGAAAUUCGUGAAUCCCAACUUUACAAACGUAUUCUAGGUCAAUCUUUGAAGCAGGUUGGAUUAGGUCCAAGGGACGAUGGAAAUAUCCCAACUCCUGUCGCAACUGGUCCAAAUGGUGGUGCCCAAACCCCUCACCUUCCACCUCCAAAAAGUGGUGGUAAUGAUAGCGUGCGGUCUGACCUACGCAUUCCCGGUUUAUCAGAAGCAGAAAACACAAAUCUUGUCCGGGAAGUGGCUGAAAUGGCUGCCACCGCUGCUACGAUUGCUGCUCGAGAUGCCACCCGCGCUCCCCGAAAGACUUCUAUCGCUGCCAAUAACCCAGCGCCUAAAGUACAAAGUCUUCGAGCCGGCCAUGUCAUCGACGAGGUUGUAGAGGCCGAUGCACAUGCAGCCGGUGGUGGACACGACGCGCCGAAUUGGAGCAGAAUGAAGAGUUCCGUUAUUCUCUGCGGAGCUACAGUAUUGUACGCUAUGAUCGCUGAGAUCUUGGUCAAUACCGUGGAUGUCGUACUAAGCAAUGUUGCAAUUGAUGAGAAAUUCCUCGGCAUCACUUUGUUCGCUCUGGUUCCAAAUACGACAGAAUUUCUGGUAAGUUUUCAUGGUGUAUCUCAUUCCGUUUAAAGCUAAUGCCAUCUACAGAACGCCAUCUCAUUUGCCAUGAACGGAAACAUUGCCUUGUCGAUGGAAAUCGGAUCAGCAUACGCUCUCCAAGUCUGCCUUCUUCAAAUUCCUAUGCUUGUAUUGUUCAGUGCCCUGACUGCAUCAUGGUUCACGGGACCCGAUGCUGCUGAUCAUACAUUCAGUCUCAUCUUCCCUCAAUGGGACAUGGUGACAGUGAUUCUAUGCGUUUUCCUCCUCAGCUAUAUGUACGGCGAAGGAAAGAGUAAUUACUUCAAGGGCUCUAUUCUCAUCCUGAGUUACCUCGUGGUCAUUGUUGGCUUUUGGUUCUCGGGAAUGACGGAUCUAGAAAAUAUGGGGAUGAGUCGGUUCGAUAUUAUGGAUGCCGGGGGAAAUUUCAAGACAAUUGGGAAGGGCCAUUCGGGGGUGGCCUUUCAGUGAUUGAUAUCAUGAGAGAAGAAGAAGAAGAAAAAGAAGAAAGAGAGAGGAAAAGAGGCCAUGAAUGGUAAUGCAUUUGUGCAAGCGCAAGAAGUAUAGAAGGAAGAAAGGUUUCCUGGGCAUUAAUCAUCAUUUCUCAUAUCCAGCGUUGGCGUUACAAGGGGGAAACUGGUUUCUUUCUCUUUCUUUUUCGUUUUUGAGUUGCUGUUGUUCGCUUUCAUUUUGAUACAUCGAGGCUUGACUGGCUGGAUUUGCUGCUUGCUUACUUCCCCCUUCUUCAUAUUUUUUUCUUUCUUUUCUUUCGUUGUGUUUGUUCUGCCCCCUUGGAGUUGUAUUUUAAGAAUCAAAAGAAUUUGAAGAUGGGAUGCAUGGUGGGGUGGGGGAGGUUUGGAAGGGAUGAAUGGGGAUGAAUGGAUGGAGGAAGGGAGGGAGGAUGGAUCGGUCUCUUUUGCUAUGUUGUAUGAUAGAUAGAUGGGUGGAUGUGGAUGUGGAUGUGGAUGCAUGGCUGGGAUGGUGGGGAUGGGGAUAAUUAAUGGAUGGCUUGAUUACUCGAAUU